CGCUGGGGGGCGCUGCGGGACACGGCGAUACCGGGCGGAGCCGGUCCGUGAUCCACGAUCCGUGAUCCCCGAUCCGUGAUCCCCGAUCUCCCCCCGAUCCCCCCGACCGUCCCCGUCCCGUGACGGAUCCCCACGCGGUGCCGCCCCGGUGCCGUUCCCUGCGCGGAUCCCGCGGUUCGGUCCCGGAGCGGCGAUGGGGAAGAGCUGCAAAGUGGUGGUGUGCGGACAGGCCGCCGUGGGCAAAACCGCCAUCCUGGAGCAGCUGCUCUACGGCAACCACGUGGUCGGCUCCGAGAUGAUCGAGACCCAGGAGGACAUUUACGUGGGCUCCAUCGAGACCGAUCGCGGCGUUCGCGAGCAGGUGCGUUUCUACGACACGCGUGGGCUGCGGGACGGCCUGGAGCUGCCCAAGCAUUGCUUCUCCUGCACCGACGGCUACGUGCUGGUGUACAGCACCGACAGCAAGGAGUCCUUCAAGCGGGUGGAGCUCCUCAAGAAGGAGAUCGACAAGUGCAAAGACAAGAAGGAGGUCACUAUUGUGGUGUUGGGCAAUAAAUGUGACCUGCAGGAGCAGCGCCGGGUGGACCACGACGCAGCCCAGCACUGGGCCAAGGGCGAGAAGGUGAAGCUGUGGGAGGUGUCUGUUGCUGACCGCCGUACCUUGAUCGAGCCCUUCAUCUACCUGGCCAGUAAGAUGACGCAGCCACAAAGCAAGUCUGCUUUUCCCCUGAGCCGCAAGAACAAGGGCAGCGGGUCUGUGGAUGGCUGAGCCUCAUUGUGCUCUUCCAGUGCCACCUCCUGGCCCUCACCUCUCUCCUUCCCUUGCACGUCCCUCCUGCUGAGCCUGUUUGGUGCUAUGGAGCCUGCAGGAUGCCCGGUGGCACGAGGAGUGGGCUCCUGGGGCUGGUCUUAGAGGAGGAGAGAGGUGACCCAUCUCCCUGUACCGACACAAGAGCUGUUCUCACUGCCCAGGCCCUGUCAAUGUUUAAGGUGCAACAGGAAAGCCAGGAUUUGCCAGGUGCACCCACUGCUCCCAGGGCUCAGGCUGACACCUGGGGGCUUCGUGCUGCCCCUGAGGCCCAGCACAAGGCUGGCCAACAGCCUGGGGUCAGCUUCACGUCUGGGCACAACCAGGCCAUAGAUUUCCCCUCUCAAGAGCUGCUCUCUUUUGCACUGAUCCAAUGUGAGAAGAACCCAUUUGAGGGCUGUUCCUCCCCAGUCUCCUUGUCCUACCCCAGCUCUGUGGUGCUGCAGCUUUGUCUCAGCAGGUUGCUCCUUACCUGGCCGUGUCCUCUGCACCUUGACAUGCAGGAAUAUUCAGUCCCUGGUCCAGCUGAGGCUCCUGCCCCAGGAGAUGCACAGUGCGGAGCAGGGCCAGGUGCUGUUACCAAUGGCAGGCUCAGCCCCCACACCUCACAGCACACUGCAGUGCUCCUUUGCUGAGGGCAGAUCCAUCCCUCACCUGGGAGACGUGGGGUUGUGCUGGGCCCAUGCACACACGGGGGCAGCUCUCAACGCCCUGCAGUUGUGAUGCCUCAGAACCACCACAAGACAAAAGGAUGCUGUCCCAGUUCUGCCCAGCAACAUGCAACCUCCCUUUGGCAAGUCUGGAUCUAGGCAAAAAAAUGAUGAGAAAGCCCUGGCUUGUUUAUACUUGUUCCUUUUAUUUACUGAGUAACACAAUAAAGCGAUGAGAUUCGAUUAUCAAAA